CAAGAUGGAGGGUUCGGAAGCCGUGGUUACGCUGGGGCAACCGCAGCUUUCACGGCAAGAUCUCGCCACUUUGGAUGUUACCAAGUUGACUCCACUUUCACAGGAAGUUAUCAGCAGACAAGCCACAAUUAAUAUAGGAACAAUUGGACAUGUUGCUCAUGGGAAAUCCACAGUUGUAAAAGCUAUUUCUGGUGUUCACACUGUCAGGUUCAAAAAUGAACUGGAAAGGAAUAUCACCAUCAAGCUUGGAUAUGCUAAUGCCAAGAUUUAUAAACUUGAUGACCCAACUUGUCCUCGACCAGAAUGUUACAGAUCUUGUGGAAGUAGUACCCCUGAUGAGUUUCCUACAGACAUUCCAGGGACCAAAGGAUACUUCAAACUAGUAAGACAUGUCUCCUUCGUUGACUGUCCUGGCCAUGAUAUUUUGAUGGCUACAAUGCUGAAUGGUGCAGCAGUGAUGGAUGCCGCACUUCUUCUGAUAGCUGGAAAUGAAUCUUGUCCUCAGCCUCAAACUUCUGAACACUUGGCUGCCAUAGAAAUUAUGAAACUUAAACAUAUUUUAAUUCUGCAAAAUAAAAUUGAUUUGGUAAAAGAAAGUCAGGCUAAAGAACAGUAUGAACAGAUCCUUGCAUUUGUAAAAGGUACAGUAGCUGAAGGCGCUCCUGUUAUUCCAAUUUCUGCUCAACUGAAAUUCAACAUUGAAGUUGUCUGUGAGUAUAUUGUUAAGAAAAUUCCAGUGCCUACAAGAGACUUUACCUCAGAACCUCGGCUUAUUGUUAUUAGGUCUUUUGAUGUUAACAAACCUGGCUGUGAAGUUAAUGACCUUAAAGGGGGUGUGGCUGGUGGUAGUAUUUUAAAAGGACUUUUGAAGGUGGGCCAGGAGAUAGAAGUUAGACCUGGUAUUGUUUCCAAAGAUGGUAAAGGAAAACUUAUGUGUAAACCUAUCUUCUCCAAAAUAGUAUCACUUUUUGCAGAACACAAUGACCUUCAGUAUGCUGCUCCAGGAGGUCUUAUUGGAGUUGGAACAAAAAUUGAUCCAACUUUGUGCAGAGCUGACAGAAUGGUAGGACAAGUACUUGGUGCAGUUGGAGCAUUACCUGAAAUAUUUACAGAAUUGGAAAUUUCCUACUUCCUACUGAGACGGCUCCUAGGUGUACGUACAGAAGGGGACAAAAAAGCAGCAAAGGUACAUAAACUGUCCAAGAAUGAAGUGCUUAUGGUUAACAUUGGAUCCCUCUCUACAGGAGGUAGAGUUAGUGCAGUUAAGGCUGAUUUGGGUAAAAUAGUUCUCACAAAUCCUGUGUGCACAGAAGUGGGAGAAAAAAUUGCCCUUAGCCGAAGAGUUGAGAAACACUGGCGUUUAAUUGGUUGGGGCCAAAUAAGAAGAGGAGUCACCAUCAAUCCAACAGUAGAUGAUGAGUGA